AUGCCACCUCGUUGCAAAGAUGCUGCCGAUACUUCUGCCGCUGUCCAAGAACGCUGCCUGCAGGCUUGGUCUGAUAACCAGGCUCUGCGCAUCUUGCGCCCUAUUGUUGCCGACAUCGACGGAACGCAAGUAGAGCGUCUCUACUUCCACCGCUUCCGGCGCGUGGCAGAGACAGGUCUCUGCAACCACGUCACGAACCUCACCAGCUUCUGGAGCAGGCUCGCGCCACAACUUAGCCAUUCCGAUGAGGCUGUCAAGCAUGCCAUCGUAGCACUCGGCUCUGCAUACCACAUAUAUCAGACAGCACUCCCACCAGGCGGGGAGGGAGCAACGCCUCGCGAGCUUGAGAUCUUCACGAUCCAGCAAUAUAGCACCGCCAUGUCAAAGCUCUCGAGCUAUGCUCAUGUGCCGAUGAAAGAGAAGAUUAUUGUCACGCUGCUGUGUUGCUUGUCGUUUGUAUGUAUCGAGGCGCUGCGCAAUAACUGGCGGCCGGCCUUGACGCACCUCUCGAACGGCUUGCGCAUCAUUGAGAGUCUGCCCAUGAGCACGCUUAACAAGCUGCGGGACCCGUCACCGCCGCAUGAUGGGUCAAACGGUACGGAGAGCAUGUUGGGGAUGGAUUACAUGCUAAGACUGUUUGCCACGUGGGAGGUUUCCUGCGCGCUGUUCGCUGAGAACUUCAAGCCCGUCAUCUCCAUCAAGCUGUACGAAGGACGCGAACUGGAUGACACGCCGCCAGAAGAGUUCGAGACCAUCAUGCAGGCUCACCGGGCCAUUGUACAGUACACACGCGACGUGUUUGCCUUGGUCUGGUUAACUCGGGAGCACCAAGGCGACGACGUGUUUUGGUCUCAGCCGCUUCCACGCCUCCAGCAUGAGAUAUUGAUGGAGAGGGGCGACCAUCUGACCGGUCUGUUUGAGCGGUUCAUGGAACGACCUCAAGCCCCUGCAAGCGGCACGGAAGAGUACUACUCUACCGCAAUCACUCGACAUCAUAGCCCAACACGCCGACCUGGUCUCGCUAGCCACUGUCUUGCACCGGGGCUGGCCACGAAACAACGGCAAUCGGAUACGCUUCCUCGGUCCUUCACCAUCGACAUUGGGAUCAUCCCGCCCCUUUACUUCAUCUUAGUCACUUGCCAGGACCCGACGGUGCAGGGGAAAGCUCUCGCUAUUCUGCGAGACUACCCCCACAGGGAAAACUUAUGGGACGGCAACUCGGUGCGCAACUUGCUGGUUACCGUCGAGAAUAUUAGUUACGGACCGGCGCACCCCUUGAAGGAGGUUCCUCAUUCUUUAGCAUUCGGGAAGGGAAUACCCGCUCUCUAUGAGAAGCUACAGGAGCUGCAUAUCCAGGUUGAAGAAGAUUGA